AUGCCAAUAAGCUCCCCGCUGGCUCCUGAAGUACUGAAUACCCCUAACCCGACAAAAAUAAAGAUCCCGAAUAUGGCGGCCUUCGAUGGAACAUCAUGCGCGGAGGAGCACUUAAUGUGGGAAGUAUUCCAUACUUUUGCCCAAUUAGAGAGCAAAUUCCUAGGUCACUUUGUAGCAUCCAGAAGGCAAGAAAAAUCAAAUUUCCACUUGCUCAGCAUAACGCAAUUAGAAGGGGAAUCCAUAUCGUCAUAUUUGAAGAGAUUCCAUGAGGCGGUGCUAGAGGCACAUGACCCCAAAAAGCGAAAAUCAGAAAAGAAGGAUCCAAUACCCUCCCACCAAUACAGAGAGGAACACUCGUCAAGGUGGGAUAGAAACUACAUGCCACGUCGCCCGGAACCCCCAUCAGAUAUGAGACCUCCACGAUCCAGACAUGUAUAUGCCACGAAAGGGGAAGCCAGGACACAGAACUUACUCGACGAAGGUAACGAUCCGAUCUUCAACUGGAACAAGAGAGACAUAUUCUUCGCCAUCCGGGACGAGUUGCCAACUCCACCUCCUAUUACCACCCCCUCUGAUCGUAGCAACUACAAUUUGUGGUGUGAUUACCACAAAGAACAUGGCCAUACCAUAGCCCAAUGUCGCGAACUCAAGCGUAUCCUACAUCAGCUAGCCGAUGAGGGGAAGUUAACACGAUUCAUCAAUCGGAAAGACUAUGACACAAGAAGCGACAAUGAAAAAAGACCUUGGAUCCCAAAACGCAGAUCUCCCAGAAGAGACGAGACUAGACACGACAGUUCCAACACUCAAGGAUUCAUCUACAUGAUUUUCGGCGGCUACUCCGAAGAAUACCCUAUUAUCCGCGCCGCGAAAGACAACAUCCAUACACUGCUCAAAGGACCAGCAAAGAACACAUCGAAUGGGCCGAUCAUGAGAUUCGAUGCUACUACUUCCCAACCGUUGCAACAACCACACACCGAUCCUUUAGUGGUUACCCUCAAGAUUGGGCAAAUGAAGGUGAGGCGAGUAUUGGUGGAUACUGGAAGCACAACCGAUCUCAUAACAAUGGAAUGCCUCAGACAAAUGAAGUUUGAAGAAAACCACUUGCAGCCCCUCGAUAAACCUUUGAUCGGGUUUGGAGGAAAUCAAGUCAUACCCUUGGAACAAUCAUACUCCCUGUACGGGUGGGGGAGAGAAACAGAAGCAGAACAAUGCCCAUGCGAUUCACGGUGGUGGAUCUGA